CACAUACGCCCCCCCCGAGCACACACAGAGGAGCCCCCCUCCCCCACCCAGCCCGGAGCUCAGCGCCGUCACAGACGUCGGCCCCCUUAGCAUCUGGAAGUCGCUCCGAGAGAGACAUGCCGCGACCUGGACGUGCCAGAGUCCGCCCGGCAUAAUCCCGGGAUCCGAUUUCUCCUUAUCCGCUCCUCCACCACCCGCUGAGAGCCCCGAGGCAAAAAAAAAGGAAGAAGAAAGGGGUCUCCGCCUCUGCCGUUUGGCUGAAACAGCCCCCAGAGAAGAACCCGGGCAAGAGCGGAGGCACCGGCAGAGUGAGAGAGGGAGAGAGAGGAAGAGGAGCAGUGCCGGCUGGGCAGACACGGCAGCAGCCAGCGAGAUCCAGUGGAAUGGACCUGACUGAUCGCUGUGCAAACCCAAGGGCGCCUCUAGCAGCGAAGUCCGAGGAGGAGGGCUAAAGGAGCCACCGGUACUGACGGGCACCAGCAAGAGACUCCAGAGAAUGAACGGGGAUGUUCUCUAGCUGAAAUCCACGGCACCUUGUCUCUGUUCUUCUGUCACGCAACGUGGUGGGCACAGCCUGUGCCGAGCGACAGCAAGUCCCGCCGGAGGUGGAGGAGGAGGGGGCGGUAAGGGUGAGACAGCAGGGGCUCCCGGGAGGCGCCCGUGAGAGACGGCGCAUGGCCGUGCAGCGGCUGGUGGCGGCAGCAGUGGCGGUGGCCCUGCUGUCCCUGGUGCUCAACAACCUGGCAGCCUUCACGUCCAGCUGGGUACUCCAGGCGCUGGAGGACGGGCGCAAGCGCAGCGUGGGACUCUGGAAGAUGUGCCCUGUGGGCGAGCGGGGACGUGACACGGCAGGGUUGGGCCGCUCCGGACCGGUUAUGCAUCGCAGCUGUGAGACGCUGGGCUGGGGCUCCGAGUACUCGGGCUACAAGGAGUCACGGGCCACCGUCAAACUGCAGUUCGACAUGAUGCGGGCCUGCAACCUGAUGGCCACAGUGGCGCUCACUGCCGGUCAGCUCAUCUUCCUUCUGGGCCUGGUGGAGCUGCCCUUCAUCACCCAGGACUCCCAGUGGUGGGAGGAGGCCAUCGCCGCGCUAUUCCAGCUGGCCAGUUUCUCUCUGGUCAUUGGGCUAGUGACGUUCUACCGCAUCGGGCCGUACACCCAGCUCUCCUACUCCUGCUACGUGAACAUCGCAGCCUGCUUGCUGGCCACGCUAGCCGCCGCCAUGCUCAUCUGGAACAUCCUCAAUCGGCGUGACGACUGCCUCACGCCGGGCGUCAUCGUCAUCAGCCGCUCGCUGGCGGCACCCUUCCGCCCCCGCCUCGACAACGACUACGUGGAGUCGCCUUGCUGAAGCGGACCUGCGUCCGUCCCUCUCCAGCACCUCAGAGCACACCACGGACUAACUGGGACACUGCCGGCAGUGCGAUUCUCUCUUAUCUAAACAGAUCACAUAUAAACUUGGCUUAUUCUAAGCCGUGAGCGUAAAAGACAUUCGAAAUGCUUUUCGCUGUUGAACCAUAGCGUCUAUUUCAGCUGCAGCGGCAAACCAGCAGCUCAUGGACCGAGCAGGAUGUUCGUGUAACCCACCUGCGCAGUGAGGACAGCGCAUGCGUCUGCUGCACCAGGGAUGCCCGCAGCACACUGUCCCCACGAAGGCAUGCCCAAAUGGAGCUUUAUAUAAACAAAACGUAGUGCUGUAUUCAAGAAAAGGAAGAUUCAUAUUCUAGGAAGAUGACUAAUGAUGCUAGCUAGAUUUCAUUAAAAUAUUAAAUUAAAUGAAAAUACGCAUAGAGAGGUCUGGUACACUGCUGCACAAUGUUUUUAUGGCUACACAAUGAAACUGACAACAAAGCGUGACCUGGAACAUGGUGCUGUGUUUAAAUUAUCUUUGAUCAUCGUUGACCAGACAAACUCUUCCCUCAACCUGUCAUGUCGAGAUAAGAUCAAGCUGGAUCUUGACGCCUUACACGUAUUCUAUGUGCACUUAUUUCAUUAGGAAUAUUAAUAUUAUGUGUAGAAAAAAGUACUGACUUCACAGCUAAAAUUAGCAUACACACAAGAAUGAGCUACUUCCCGGCAGUAGUUAUUUUUGGUACCAGAAUCAGAUCAACGUAAACUCUUCGGAAUAGCCAGCCUCUAUGCGCUGUGGUUAAAAUUUCCCUCAAACUGGCCCAGAAAAUCAGAACGGAGUUAAUCUGGUUGAAGAAAUAUCUACAGCAACAACAAACAGCAGUACUUAGUUAAAAAGGAUAUAUUUCUAUUGAUAAUCUGCUCGCUUGUGGUACAUAUUGGAUAUUAAUUAUAUUGCUAUUAUAUUAUACUGCUUUUUGCUGCUGAAGUUCUGUGUUAUGUGGUGUUCAGUUUAAAGGUGAAAUUAAAUUUUUAAAAGAAAUAAAUAUAAUAAAUAUAUAUUAUAUAUUUGAAAAA